AUGGAUGAGAUGGAUAACAUUUGUCCUAUUUGCUUUGAUGAAUUUGAUGAUAAACAAAUUGCGUCUACUAAUGUUUGUGAUCAUUUGUUUUGUUUCUCAUGCUUAGAAAAAUGGGCUAAACUUGGAAGUUACUGCCCUGUUGACAGGAAAAGAUUUAAAAAGAUCAUUAAAUUGAAUUCUGAUGAUGUUGUACAAGUUAAACCACGCAGACGUAAAAAGAAGAAUAGGGUGCAGUAUGACGUGACAGCUUUCUGUGAAUAUUGUAAACUGACCACUUCUUCUGCAACUCUUUUGCUCUGUGAUAGUUGUGAUCUCGCAUAUCACUGUGAAUGUCUUACUCCACCAUUGACAGAAGUUCCAGCUGGGUUAUGGUUUUGCCCUCCGUGUGUUGCAGUUGAUGAACGGCUAAAGAAAAGGAAUGGAAUUAGUAAAGAAAGUGAAACUGAGUUUAAGCCACAGAAUGAAAAAGAUCCACCAACUUUCAGUUCUUCUUGUUCUGAAGAUAGUGCUUCCCAAAGUAAAAAUAUUUCAAUGCACAAACUUUCUCCUUGGAAAAAGAAAAAUUUUGAAGAAACUAUAAAUCCAUAUGUUUCUGAAGAUGAAUGUCCAAGUCUGCCUCAAAAACUAAAUAAUCCGACUGAAAAGAUCCAAAAUGGGUCCCUGAGGGUUGUUGUAGAAAAAUUGAAUGUUGCGAGCCUUAAACUCAUCAAUGACUCUACAAUUAAUGUUCCUCCAUCUGAAAGACCUGUUAGGACAGAGAGUUUUUUGGGCCAGAAAAGCAGUACUUGUACCUCUGAAGAUGCUUCAUCUUAUGAACCAGAACAAGAGUUAACAAGCAAAUUCUCAUCAGAAGAAAAUGUUGCUGCUAAGAACUGUUUGAGUCAAGUAAAUGACAAUGAUAAGUUCCCAGUUCAGAAGUAUGAGACAAAAAUUGUUGCUGUUGUGCCUGAAAAUAAAAAUUUUCAAUUCAGUGUAUUUCAAAAACUAGAAGACAUAUCUUUGUCUGAGUUAAAAUACUCGGAACUAGCAACUGUGACUAAUAAUCCUAAAAGCAAUACUCCAUGUGAUAUUUGUAAAGUCUGGAAAAUGAAAAAUCGGACAGACAGAUUAGAAAAAUUGUUGCAGAAAAAAAAAUUGCUUUUAAACAAACACUCACUGAUGAAAAGUCCUUCCAAAAGUGAAUCUCGCAUCAAUCAUCAUGUACGAAACUCCCUUAUUAGUGAAAUUCAAAAAAUACAGCAGAAGAAAUGGAAACUGAAAGAAAACUACAAUUUAAAGAAGCGUCGCAUCAUGAGACAGUUAAAGAAGCAGCUAAAAAUGACGACUUCAACCACAGAUUCAACGCAUGAUUUGCUAUCAGCUAUGCCAUAUCGUAAUGAAAAGAUAUCAAACAUUAACGAAGAACCAAAUUCUUCAUGCAGGACAACUCAUAGAGAUAUCAAGCAAUCAAAAUCUAGUUCCAAAUCCCUUUCUGGAAUGGUUGAAAUGUCCAGUGAUGCUUUGGAGGCAUGUGAAAAAUCUACUUAUGAAAUAACUGCGGCACCAAAAUUGUGGGACCAAGCUCAUAGCAGUAAAGAUUCUUUAAAUAUUUAUGAUAAGGCUGUUAAAUCGGAAGAAGCCAAUAACAUGCUUCAAAAACCUUUUCAUAUGAGUGAUUUGAAACGCAUAGUUAUUCGAAGUGAUGGAUCUUUAUUUUUAGAUUAUCCUGAAAACACUUAACCUAAUACAGAAGUGUAAUGUUUUGGUUUCUUGAGACCAAUUAUAUUCUUUAAUAAACCAGUGGCAAAGCAACAGAGCAGUUGGUAAAACUCGACUGUGUGGAAAAAUUAAACGAAGGGGGAGUGUAUUCUUGUAUUUUUGAAUAAAGCCAAGCGAACACAUUAUUUCGCCCUGACUAAAAGAAAUUUCUUUUUAAGAAAAAUUUUAGCUGUGGAAUAAUUUAUAGCUAAUAAUGUUGAAUCA